AUGAAUAUCCUUCAUUUCAGAAAAGCGAUUUAUGCCAUGCUGAUCUUCCGGCUGGGUCUUGCUAUUGCCGAAUCAUACUGCAAGCCAAUCCCUGGUUCACCUGAUUGGCCAGCUCAGUCUGAAUGGCAAGCAUUGAAUGAAUCAAUCUCAGGCCGUCUGAUCGCACCAGUACCCCCAGGAGCAGUCUGCCAACCACUGAGUCCUCUCUACAACAACGAUAGCUGUCAGGUUUUGUACACUCAAUGGACCAACUCCACUUUCCAUGCGCAAGACCCAUUCACUUCUGACUACAACGACGACACAUGUCUGCCCAGUGCUCUAGCACCAUGCUCUGCUGCAGGAUAUCCUGCCUACGUGGUGAAUGCCACCAAUGCAAAACAUGUCCAAGAAGGAGUGAGAUUUGCCCACAGGACUGGAGUUAGGCUCAUCGUGAAAGGAACUGGUCAUGACUGGCCCGGAAGGUUUGAUCCAUCUACAGAGCUUAUAGCGACGUACUCUUCUACUGACGAAGUUACUAGAUCUGCCGGUAGAGACGCCAUCUCAAUUUAUACGCACAACAUUCGUGGGGUUGAGGUUAAUCACGAGGACGAGCGUGCAAUAAACUCAGGGGGCGCGGCUUCAGUCAAAAUUGCUGCAGGUACACAAAUGGCUGAGCUUUAUGCGGUGGCUGCUGAAAACAAUAUCACUGUCGUUGGAGGAGCUGAUAUGAACGUGGGGAUUGGAGGUUGGAUCACUGGCGCUGGACAUAGCCCUGUCAGCAGCAAAUAUGGCCUUGGCGCGGAUCAGGUCAUUGAAAUGGAGGUCGUUACGGCUAAUGGAACUUUACUGACGAUUAAUGAAACUUCAUAUCCUGGAUUAUAUUGGGCCAUGAGAGGUGGAGGUGGAUCUACUUUCGGGGUUCUUAUCUCUGUCACAGUCCGAGCGUUUCCUAGGCUUUCUGGAGCAUUUUACCAGUUCAACUACAAUACGACGGCAAACAGCGAGACCUUCUGGGAUCUUGCUACCGUGUUCCACCUCCAGCUGCCAAAUAUAUCAGACAGCGGCGCAAUGGGCUACUACUUCCUCACCGCCGAUACAGGUGACCAGGAGCCUGAUCCAGCCAUCCGAGGAAAGCUCUUCGGUGUUUGGAUACUGCCUGAGAAAACCGCCGUAGAAGCCAAUACGACAAUGGCCCAGUUUGAAGAGGAAGUUCGACAAGUGGCUUCCAGUUGGGCAGAUCCGGUCCACAUCGACAGCAGCGUGAUCGAGUUCCCAGACUUUAGCACUUUUUGGCAACUCAACCCACCAGGGACGGUUGGAGGGCCCGGUCGUCUGGGUUCACGACUGCUGGGCCGAGACGCCCUUUCAGUUGAGCCAGAGCGCCUGAAGCAAGCACUAAAGAACAGUACCAUAAUACCACAAUUCUCCAUCCUUGGCCAUGUAGUUGCUGGUAAAGGUGUCCAAAAUGCAGAUAUCAUUGGAGGGAACAACUCGGUUCUUCCUGCAUGGAGGGACGCCAUUACUCACGUGGUUCUCCCGAGAUCUUGGCCAUUCCUGAAUGAAACAGUAAAGGAAGAAUUCACGACCUUGCUCCGAGAAGUCGAGGUCGAGGCUCUCCGUCAGAUCUCUCCGGGUUCCGGGGCGUAUAUCAAUGAAGCCGAUCCAACUGAGCCCGACUGGCGGGAAGCCUUCUGGGGAGAUAACUAUCCCAGAUUACUUGAAUUGAAAGACUACUGGGAUCCGACAGGAGUGUUCUGGUGUGUUCCUUGUGUUGGACAUGGUUAUUGGAAUGUGACGAGCGACUUUGGCAUUGAAGGUGCCAUUGGACAGACUCCUGGACGGAUCUGUCGCACCUCCUGA